GACAGUGGGACCGUUUUUGUUCUACGAUUAUUUCUCAUAAAUCAGACAUAGCUUAAUUCAGGAUACGUUCUUUAUAUGCUCCGUUUAGUUAAUGACGAGUAAAAACAUACGUUAGCAGAGUAGCACAUUUAAAAACCUUAUUUCUUUCGCCUAAGUUAUCUUAUCUUCGCCGCUAAUCGCGUCGGGCCGGUGAGGCCGGUAUAUCCAGAUACUCUGAACCAGCACUGAAGAUGUCGUGCGCCCGUUCUCGCCUGGUGAGAGUGCUGGUGCGGGUGCUGUGGCUGCAGCUGCUCGCUGGGUGGGCGUAUGGCUCGGAGCUCACCUUCGAGCUGCCCGACAACGCCAAGCAGUGCUUCCAUGAAGACAUCAUCAUCGGCACCAAGUGCACCCUGGAGUUCCAGGUGGUGACUGGUGGACACUAUGAUGUUGACUGUCGCCUGGAGGACCCAGACGGAACAGUCCUGUACAAAGAAAUGAAGAAACAAUAUGACAGUUUCACAUUCACAGCAGGGAAGAACGGAACAUUCAAGUUCUGCUUCAGUAAUGAGUUCUCCACCUUCACCCACAAGACGGUCUACUUCGACUUCCAGGUUGGGGAUGAUCCCCCUCUCUUCCCCAAUGAGAACAGAGUCACAGCUUUAACGCAGAUGGAGUCCGCCUGCGUCUCCAUCCACGAGGCCCUGAAGUCCGUCAUCGACUACCAGACUCACUUCCGCCUGCGGGAGGCGCAGGGUCGUAGCCGCGCCGAGGACCUCAACACCAGGGUGGCAUUCUGGUCCGUGGGCGAGGCCAUCAUCCUCCUGGUGGUCAGCAUCAGCCAGGUGGUCCUGCUCCGGAGCUUCUUUUCGGACAAGAAGACCACCACAACCCGGGUGGGCUCGUAACCCCCCCAAGCCGCCCCGUCCCACGCAGCUGUGAUUGCUUGUAAGAGGGUCUUCUGUAGGUAGGCCACAGGCAGCAAAGGUUCAUGGGAAAAUCCUGAUUUUAUUUUCUUUUUUUUUUGGGGGGGGGGGGGGGGGGGGGUAGCCACUAUAUUACUUUUAAACCCAAUGGAUUCCUUUGUUGUCAGGAUAACAAUUUAAUUUAUUAUGUUGGUGUUUGGAU